AUGGCGGACAAAGACGCGGUAGCGCCCGCGCGCUUCGACGCCAGGCGCGACACCGCGGAUGUCAUCGCUCGUCGAAUUCGCACGCGCGACGGCGCCGUCGAUGACGACGCGAACGAUGAAGAACGGAAGGCGCAACGGGUGAUUAAUCCUUCUGAUUCGACAUCGUUGCAAAUCCAACCAGAUUCGACGACGACCCGAGCAAAACUACGCGCGUACGACUCCCUGGUGCGGUCGCAUGAAGAGGUGGUAUCGAGGUUAACCGCUUCGGAGUCUAGGAACGCGGCUUUAGAGUCGCAGAUGCGGGUGUUGACGCGGGAGACGUUGGAUUUAGAGAAAGCAAUCGCGAGCGCGCGCGUCGCUGGUGGCGACGGAAGCGCGUCCGAUUCGGUGAACGAGGCGUACGGGAAGCUGAAAGAGGCGAUGAAAGAUCUCAUGGACGCUCGAGAGGAGGCGGCGAGAGCGCAGUCGGCGCGGGGGGAAGCGGAGCGAGCGAUGGAGGCGGCGACGGAGGCGAAGGAACGGUUCGAGCGGCGAGCGAGAGAGUCGGAAAAGGCGCUCGCUUCGUCGAGAAAGGCGGAAGCACAAGCGUUGGUGGAGGUCGAUUCGCAGACGGCGAUGAAGAAUGCGGCUUUAGGAAGGGCCGACGCGUUAGAGAAGGAAAAUAGGGAGCUCUUGGAGCGUUUGAUGGAGAUGAAAGCCAAGGAGGCAGAGAGGAUGAAUGAAAUUAAUGACUUGUACGCCGACCUGCAGCGACAGAAGAAGAACGCCGAGCUGAACGCCAAGGCGGAGAGCUUGGCCGAGGCAUCGGCGGCAAGUAUGACGCGAUUAUCGAUUUCGGGUACGAUGGCGACGAUACCGGCGAAGAAGCGCCACGUUCUACGGAGUAACAAGGGAGGGACGCACCGUGUGGCGCUGUCGCACGACGGAUUCUCGGCGGCGUGCGCGGGGGAAGACAAGGUGGUCGCCAUUUUUGACACCGCCACUGGCGCGCGGACGAGUGAAUUGCUCGGCUGUCUUGGUGGUGUGUUGGACGUAUCGUUCUCCGCGGACGACACACUCGUGCUCGGGGCUUCCACGGAUUGUUCGCUACAGCUCUGGGAAGCGCUCACGGGUCGAGUGAAGCACCGUCUCACGGGACACGCGCAACAGGCGACAUCGGCUCAAAUUAGUCAGACAGACGCGAAGCGCGCCAUAUCGGCCUCUCGGGAUCGGACUCUGAAGACGUGGGACCUCGUUCGCGGACUCGCAACGACCUCAAUGCUCACGGCGAGCACGGCGCACAGCGUCUUGUAUGGCGCGACCGAGAGACACGCCUUCUCAGGACACUUCGACGGUUCCGUCCGCGUUUGGGAUCUGCGCGCGAACCAAGUCGAAAAAGAGAACAAGGUCCACGCAGGACCGAUCACGUCCAUCGUCGCGAUGCCGAGCGAGAACGAAGUGCUCACGAACAGCCGAGAUAAUUGUUUGAAACUCGUCGACGUUCGAAUGAUGGAGGUGGUGAGGAAUUUCUCGUCCCCCAAGUAUCGCGUUGGAACGGACUGGAGCAAUCCGUGCGCGGCACCAGACGGUCAACACAUUGCGGCGGGUGGGUCUGACGGCGGGCUCUUCAUCUGGCGUGUGCAAGACGGACGUUUGAUGACGACGCUUCACGGUCACGACGCCGUCGUCGCUUCGUGCUCGUGGAGUAGCUCUGGGAUGCUCGCGUCCGCGGACAAGAACGGGGUGUGUCUACUGUGGGAAUAA